UUAUCUGUUAAUUAAUCUACAAAUGAAGAAAGAUUGUGUAGAGAUUAAUCAAUUCUGCACUUAGGAGGAAAUGGGUAGGCUUGAUAUUGAUCCAACUCUGCAACAUUUCAGUCACCCACAUGUCUUGAAACUUCAAAAUUUCAAUUCUCAGAUCGCCAAUGGAUCAGCUACCUGUGCUGCUUGCAAGCUUCUGCCCUCUGGGUGGAUGUACGUGUGCAGUUCAUGCAACUACUAUCUUCACAAAGCUUGUUCACAGAUGCCACAAAACAAGAAGCACCAGGUUGAUCCACAACACAACCUGACUCUACUUUCAUCUCCGGUCUAUGACGGAGGUGCUUUCAAGUGCAACGCCUGCGGAGACCAUGGCAAAGGCUUUUGUUACCAUUGUAAAGAGUGUGAGCUUGAUCUUCAUACUCUUUGUGCUCACAUGCCGCCUUCUGUCAAUAUUAAUUCUCAUCAUCACACUCUCUCGCUUUGUUUUUCACCUCCCUAUCAAAAGAAGGCAUUUCAGUGCGAUAUUUGUAAAGGGUCUGGCUCAAACCACUGGCUGUAUCGCUGUGAGCUUUGUAACUUCGAUGCUCACUUGAACUGUGCUAUUUGCAACAUCCAAACCAAGGCUGCCUCAGGGAUCCAACAGAUGCCCCCUGAGCAACAAGAUCACCAACUGGUGAGAUCUCGAAGUGUUCCUCCUCAAUUAUCAGCGGCAUCCACAAGUCUUGUUCAUCGUGUUCCUUCAUUAACUAUGCCAGCAACACACCAGCAAAUCUGGAGCCCAUCAAUCUCAGCUUCUGGUAAUCUGAUUCCAGUGGUGGGUUCCUCUAGUAGAUCUCAACCUGUUCAUCAAAUGGGUGGUUAUUAUACAGCAGGUGUGCCAGUUCUACCUGGUUCUGGUCAAUAUUUUCAUCAGCCUCCAAGAACAAACAACACCAUGGACAACAAUUUGAUGGGGAUUUUUAUGAAAGGAGUAGUGGAUGGUGUUGCUCAACAAGCAGGACAGAUUCUGCUGGGAACAAUCUUGGGAGGCUUUUCAUUCAACUGAUCUUAAUAAGCACCUCCCGAUGUUUAUAUUUAUAUAUCUGCAACUGCUUUCUUAUUUUCAGUUUGUUUUUCUACUUAUGAAAUUUGGUUUGAAAGAUUGUAUCUUUGGUUUGAUCUAUAGAAUUAUAUUUGAAAUAAAUGGUAUUUCCUUACUGGAGAUGUUCAGAAUGAGCUAACGAUCCACCUUCGCCAUUAAUGCAGAGAGGCAAAAACAAUCAAGAAUUUCAAAUGCGGGAAGGAGUGUGAUGGCGAUGUAAACAAUGUAAAUGAGAGUAAAGGAAAGACUAGAGGAUGAACAAUUUAAUCAUUUAUUUGAGCGUUAAUUUUUUUUUUU